UAUGACUUAACCACUAAAAACCGCGCCAAAUUCAUUCAGGUGAACAUACAGUGUACUUUCUAUUUGCAAAGAUGAAGGGGAAACUAGUCUGUCAGUCAGGUCCAACAAACACGUAUGUUGUAAGCACACCCAUAGGGGACAUGGAAAUCAUCAGCUGCCCAAGGGGACUCCACUCUCUGCAACAGAUGGCACCCAAUGACAAGGACUUCAUACCAUCACCAGGAUUGUUAUUUUCCAGAACAAUGGUAACUGUAAAGUCUCAGAUGUAUCAAGACAAUGGCUAUACAUACAAGCCUGCUGUCCUUUGUGUGCAGUGGCUUCAACACUAUUUUGCUGCUGACAAAUCAAACUUGAAUUCUACUCCACCUGUGUGUUCCUCUGUUUAUCAGACAGGAACAUUUACAGAGGCAGUCUGUAAGACACUACAAAAUAAAGUAACAUUUGGUCAGUUGAUUUCCUAUGGUUCCCUGGCCAGUAUGUGCGGUAAUGCUCGGGCUUGUCGUGCUGUUGGAAUGGCUAUGAGGAACAACCAGAUCUCUCUAAUCAUGCCUUGUCACAGAGUAAUACAGAGUGGAGGGAAAGUGGGCAAUUACAGCGGAGGCCAGAAAAACAAAAUCAAGGAAUGGUUACUGAAACAUGAGGGGGCAGAAAUAUGAGAAAUCGGUACAGUACCCUGCCUGAUACUUGUACAUAUAACACAAGAUAUUCAUUUAAUUUGGAUACAAGGUGUAUCAAUUGUAACAUUUGGACUGAUAUUUAGAUACUUGUCAUAUUCUAGUUGUCCAUCAUAACCAGUCAGUUAUCCCUUUGAACAUGCAGUAUCAUUUAACUUUUUCAGUUUACAGAAACUGAUUACACUAGUUGUUGGUAAAUGUAUAAUGCACAGCCUAAUAUAGAAUACUAUGUAGAUUGCAAUUAACUCAUGUAUUUGUGAAUGAUUAAUUAUUGGAUAUUAUUAAAGCUUGUUACUUUUUAUUCCUUAAAUAAAUAUAUAAAAUUCCAUAAGAAUCUCUGUUUUUCUUGCUUUAGGUCAAGAUCUACAUGUAGUAAAUG